CGCCCCGUGAGUGUUUCCUGCCGCGGUCCGGAUCUUUGAAUCCGCCCCUGAGUCCGAACUGAGGGAAUCUGGAUGGAAACUGAGUGAAACAAUUUGAAAAAUUAGUCUGACAUCAGGCAAAGUGUUUAAAAAAGCUACCGCAGUGACCACAGGACAACCCAAGGUCUGCCUCUCCUUUGUUCUCUAACAUCUGAAGCAUGUUUGCAUUGAGCUUUUUAACAGGAAAAGCUCGACUCUUUGUCCCUGCCACGCACACGUUUUGGAUUUACUGACUGCCAGCUUUGCGUGAACAUCAGGAUGUCUGCUGAGCUCUACCGUGUGAGCGAGCCGGGAGGAAACGAUGCAAGUCUGCAAGGCACCACAGUGGGAGGCAGCAAACCGUUACACCGCUUCUCUAAGGGCCAACCAAAGCUUACUGGGAUCACUGUGCUGAUCCUGGGCUCGUCUUUCCUCAUCGUUUUCAUUGCGAUCGCGCCAAACGUUCAGUUUUCAUGGACAGCCAUCCCAUCGGGUUUCUUGCUGGGAGUACUGUUCAUCAUAUGUGGCGUUCUGUAUAUUCUGACAGAGCACAACCUCACCAAGAGAACAGUAACUAUAUCGUUGGCUCUGAGUAUCGUGACCAUACUGUCGGCGUGUUGGACUGCCCUGCACACCAUUCCCAACAUUAUUAGCCACCAAUACUUCCCAGGCUAUGAGCAUCUUGAAGACAAUAUGACAGAGAUUGAUGAUUAUCCUUUAGCAUCAGUAUAUGAGGACAUGGGAGUGACUUUGGAACAGAUCAUCCUGUUCUACAGCAUUGCGGGUGCAGUCGUUGUCAUUGUAAUGUCAUGUCUGGCUGGAAGUGCCCUGCGUUCCACUAAGAGCCAGGCCGUUAUAGUGAUGACUACUUCACCGACUGAAUCGCCUGCUGAUAAAUGAGCACAGGAGGAAGCCCUGAAGUGUGAUAUUGGAAAUUGAGCAGAGAGAAGAAAUAUGAACCAAAGAAAGCAAAGUAUUUCUCUUUUUGGACACAAAAGAGUGUGAAUAACAAACAAUGACCACUUCCCACUUGUAUUCUUGGGUUGACACAGUACAGAUAAUAUGUACGUAAGUAUUGCCUUUUGAGAUGUAUUUUAUAUUAUACAUAAUGUAAUAUUUUAACCCUCAUGC